GGUCUCUGACGAAGCUUCAGGUCGAUUUCAGGUUUCCCAUUUAGCUGGUUUUUUGUGGGUUAGGGGUAGGUAGUUCAUGAUAGCCAUCAGCUUAGAACCACUGGUUUUAUUGGUCUGAGCUAGUUGUGCUCUUUUUAAUCCCCAAAACCAACUAAAAACAGAAGGUUCUCUUUGCAUAUAAUAUGGGCAUGAAAAGAAAAAUUGCAGGAGAAAGCCAUAGAACUUCUUCAAGUGACUCCAAAGUUGCUCGAAUAGAGGGUUUAAGUUAAUCAUGUAAUGCUAAAUGAAUCAACCAUUUUAUCCAAGCAUCAAAAAGCCUAUCCUUUCUCGACCGUUUGCCUCCAAGAGGAAAAAUCAGUAGGAAUUGUGGACUGUUGAUGGUUCUUUGAUCCAUCCAAAUUGCAGACCCAACCGUUUCAAUUCGUGGGAUCGAUUUGGUGCAUUUAAAGUUCAAUUUAUACAGAGAAAGUUUCUGGCAUUUUCUCGUGAAGACGAAGCGCCAGGAUUGUUUUGCAGUUACCUCAUAAUUCGUAUCUCCUUCCACUUCCUUCUCUCUCUACAAAACCUGCCCUUAUUUCUCUUUCUUUAAAACUUGUUCCAAUUCUACACUAAUGAUCAUUCAGUUCAGGUGGGCCUUCUUGAUUUUGUUCAAAAUUAAACGGGUCUGUGAGAUUUUGGCGGAAUGAGGACUGCAACAGGGGAAAAUCCAAUCUCCACGCCACCAAAGCUGUCUCUGUUUUCUUUUCCAAGACAACCAUUGGAGCCGCCAGGGAUGGUGACGCCGCCGCUGCAUGAGUCGAUUUCUGUGCCGUUUCACUGGGAAGAGGCACCGGGGAAGCCGAAGCCGCUCGGAGUUAUUGAAUUGAAUCCAAAGCCCAAAAGUGCAAGAACUUUGGAUCUGCCACCCCGGCUGUUCGCCGACACCAAGGUAGCCCAUUUUGCCUCUCCGACAAUCGCCGCGGAUGACCCCGUCGCCGGCCGAGACCCAUCGUUCAGGUUCCCGGACAGCUGGGCGGAGACGGCGACGAGGGAGGGAAAGGAUGUUAACAAGGAAAAUGUGAAGCGUGGGUCAGAAAUUUCACUCUUGGCCGGCGGUGCGGACGACGGCAAUACGAGAGUGAAGAUCACGAGAUUAAGGAUAAGAAGAAACUUUCUUGGGACAUCAAAUUCAAAGUCGCACAUCAUCGCAAGUCCUCAUUAUCUCAAUCUUCCAACUAUUUCUAAAGCAUGCGUGCAUGGGAGCUUGAAGCAAGUGCUUCCAUGGAGACGUAAGCAUGAUGAAUGAAAGUGGUUGCCUCAUGAUUUCAA